AUGUCCAUCAAUAUUUGCAGAGAUAACAAUGAUCCUUUCUACCGUUAUAAAAUGCCUCCCAUUCAGGCUAAGGUUGAAGGUAAAGGUAAUGGUAUUAAAACAGCAGUAUUAAAUGCUGCCGAUGUCGCCCGUGCUUUAAACAGACCUGUUGCAUAUAUCAUCAAGUAUUUUGGUUUUGAAUUGGGUGCUCAGACGUCUAUUUCGGUUGACAAAGAUCGUUAUUUGGUAAAUGGUGCUCACCAACCUUCAAAAUUGCAAGAUGUGCUAGAUGGUUUCAUUACCAAGUUUGUGCUGUGUGGUAGCUGUAAAAACCCAGAAACUGAGAUCAACAUUACUAAGGGAGAAGACUUGGCUAGGGAUUGUAAAGCUUGUGGUCAGCGGACGCUGAUGGAAUUGAGACAUAAAUUGUCAUCAUUUAUCUUGAAAAACCCUCCUGACUCUAUGAAGGAUGGUUCCAGGAAGAAGAAGAAGGCUGCUACUGCUUCUGCUAACGUUCGUGGUGGUGGUGUGUCUAUAUCUGAUAUUGCUCAAGGUAAGUCACAAGCGGAAGUUGGAGAUUUAGAAGAAGGUGCCUUCUCGGACAACGAUGAGUUGGCCCGUCAAAUCAACGCUGCAGCAUCAAGCCUAGAGCAAAUCGAGGUUAAAGAUGACGAAUGGGCAGUGGAUAUGUCAGAGGAAGCUGUUCGCGCCAGAGCCAAGGAAAUUCAAGGCGAUGACGUCGCUGUUGUUAGAUACACCGUUUUGGAGGAAUUCGGCGAAUGGCUUCUAUCGGAAUCUGUAGAUGAGAAAGAGAAACUUCCAAAUGACGUUGAAAUAUACAAGAAGGCAGCAGAAAUGGAUCUCCUACAGGAUGCCAAGAUCGCAUGCGUUUUGGGCCAAGUCCUCUUCGACGAGAACAUUGUUGAGCAGAUUCCAGAACAUACCCAGCUCUUACAGAAGCUAUUUAUUAACGAAGAUUUUGAAAAGCAAUUUUUGGGUGGUAUAGAAAGAUUCUUGGGUCUUGACAAACCAGAACUGAUCCCAACCUUACCUAAAAUUUUGGUGACCCUGUACAAUGAAGACAUAGUCUCCGAAGAACAAAUUAUAAGCUUCGGCAGCAAAUGCUCUAAGAGAUUCGUUCCUAAAGACGUUUCAAAGAAAGUCCGUAGAGCUGCGAAACCAUUCAUCACCUGGUUAGAAAAUGCUGAAAGCGAAGACGACGAGUCCGAUGGAGAAAGCGAUUAG